CUUUCGUUCAUGUUAUCCACUAAUAGAAGGAACGGAAACAUCAAGAACAUCACCAGUUCUUCUUGUGAUCAUUAUAUAGUUUGGAACAAGUAACCCCAUCUUCUUUUUAAGAGUCCGGCCUGUUCUCUUUGUUUUGAGAUCGCAGUUUUGUAGGCUUGUUUUCAGGAAUCUACACCCUUCAAAAGAACAUAAAAAUGGUGACUUUGGUGUCUCAAGAAAACAUGGUUGCUUUGGUAUCUCGCACCGGAAGGCAUUUGCAACGCUACUACAUGGGUCGUCGCCAAGUUGUAGGAUGUAUACCAUACAGAUACAAGAUUACAACGCCAACUUCCUCGGAAGAAGCACGAGAAUUAGAAGUUCUUGUCAUCAGUUCACAGAAAGGCAAAGGGAUGUUGUUCCCAAAGGGAGGUUGGGAACUAGAUGAAUCCAUUACAGAGGCGGCUUCACGAGAGACCGUUGAGGAAGCAGGGGUAAAAGGCAUUAUCGAGCGUCAAUUGGGUAAAUGGAGUUUCAAGAGCAAAACCCACGAUACUUACUAUGACGGAUACAUGUACCCUUUGCAUGUGCGAGAGCAGUUAGAUUUCUGGCCAGAGAAGAAACACCGCCAAAGGAAAUGGAUGAGUGUGGAAGAAGCUAGAGAAGUUUGUCAACAUUGGUGGAUGAAGGAGGCCCUGGAUAGAUUUGUAAGCCGACUGACGUCUCAACAACAUGAUGAUCAGGAAGAAGUUGGAGCUUGUUGAGUAGGCCGAAUCUGAUUUGUAAAUUAAUAGGAAGUUGUUGAAGCACGCAGCGCUGUUACUUUAAGACCAGAUGAACCGAUGAAAAGUUGGCAUUUUUGCUUUCUGAAUUCCAAAAUCUUAGCCCAAAAGAAGAAGAGACAAAAAGAAAACGAAAAAAAAGAAGAGAUUACGAAGCUUCUUGGGAGCUAACUGGUGGAAACACUGCGAGAUUAGUUGAGGAAUAGAGACGUGUUCACAAAAUUUGUAAACAUGAUUUCUAAUAAUAAAAGAAGUUUUUGUUUCAGAA